AUGGCCCUUUAUAUAGAUCUUAAUCCACAGCCUUAUCAAAAAGUUUACUUUCAUCAAUAUGGUGAAAGAAUACAUUUAAUUUCAUGGACUCCUCCCCCUAGUGAUGCAUGGAAAUUGAAUUUCGCUAGCAUCACUACAUAUGGCAUGGUUGGGGGCGGUUUUGUCCUCCGCGAUCAGUUCGCGUUUUUCAAAUCCGCCUUUGCAUCGGCAUUUGAAGGAAUGAACCAAGCGGUCGAAGUAGAACUUAAUACACUACAAUUAGGCCUAUGUGAUGCCAUAGAAAAAGGAACGGAUUACCUAGAAGUGGAAGGACAUUCAGCGGAAACAAUCCAAUUGAUUACCUCGCAAGUAGCUCCAACCUCACCUUUUGUAAAGUUUUUGGUUGGUAAAUGUAUCAUUCUUUUGAGUUCAUUUAAGUGGGUGAAGAUUCAUCCUGUGAGUGAAUUUGCCAAUGAAGGGGCUUUAAUGUUGUCAAGGAUGGCACUUAACCAUAUAGGUCCUAGGUAUUGGGACGGGAAACCUCUUCUCGAUAUUAGUCAAAUUUUAAUGGAAGACGUUGUUGGACGUUGGGUUGAUCGUAGAAGCAAUGCUGUCGAAGUCGUUGAAGUGGAUGAUUGA